GUACAUUGGGUGGCAGUAUAAGUCUUUCAUCAGACUCGUAGGGCGUGUCCUAGUUGACCAAAGACACAAAUAGCGGAAACGUCCGGAGAAGAACAGCAGCCGUGAUCACCCUGUGUUUCUAUUUACUUCACCGAUAAAGUGCUAGUUUACUCACACAGCUGAGCCACAAUGCCUUCAGUGCAAAGCUUAACGAUGACCAUCGACGCGUUGAAUGAGUGCGAGACGUUUUCGGAGCGAGAUACUAUAACUGGGAAAGUAACGCUGGUCUUAUUAAAGAAAACAACAGUUGAAAGGAUGUUUAUUAAAGCAAAAGGAGACGCUGAUGUGCGUUGGACGCGGAAGCAGAACGAUCGGACACACACUUACUCUGCACACAAGAGAUAUUUCAAACUGAAGGACUUUUUGAUUCCAGAGCAACCCGAGGACACUGUACUUCCCCAAGGAACCCAUGUCUAUAAAUUCAACCUACGCAUACCGCCAGGGAACUUUCCAUCAUCAUUCAGGGGGACUCAUGGAAAGAUUGUCUACAAGCUGGAAGUCAAGUUGGCCAGGAGUUGGAGGAUAGACCGAACAGUAGAAAAGGAGAUCCGUUUUGUCUCCAAGUCUAUUCCAAACAUGCAGUCUCUGAUGUUGCCGCAAGUUGGUUCAACAAACAAAGAGAUGGGGAUUUUCUCAACUGGAAGCCUACACAUGGAAGCCUCUAUCGACAGGGGGGUGUUUGCUCCAGGUGAAACAAUAAUGGUUGUUGCAAAAAUCAACAAUUCCUCAUCAAGUGAGAUGACACCGAAAUUCAGUGUGAAACAGGAUGUGGUGUUCCGUGCCAGUGGAAGUAACAAACAUGAAAGCAACGUUCUCCUGAAACUGCAUGAUAGCCCAGUCAAAGCUCAAACACAGAAGCAGGUUAAGUUUGCCAUGAAGCUCCCGCCGGAAAUGAUCCAGACAAUACAGAACUGUGAAAUCAUUUCAGUGGAAUACCGCUUGAAGGUCUACCUCGACAUCAGCUUUGCUUUCGACCCAGAGAUCGUGUUCCCACUGAUCAUAUGUCACCCCAGCUUGGUUUCUGCCUUUCAUUCUGGUGUGGCUGCACAUACCUCUCAAGCAGGGGCUGUUGGGGGUCCAAGCAACAGCGACUUCCCUCCCUAUGCAGCACCUAUAGGUCCUUACCCUGUAUCUCCCAAUUCAGGUGGUUAUGGAUACCCAGGAGCUGAAAGGUAUUCACCAUCACCUGUGUCCCUAAAUUAUCCACCAACAAGUGUCUACCCUGAUCAACUGGCUCAUAUGAGUAGGGGUUACAAUAACCAGCUGAGACGGCAGGGUUCUCCAUAUGGAUCUCGAUUUUCGUCUUCAUCGUCAACACUUCAUCCUCCACCUGCUCCUCAAGCAUUUCCUCCAAGUCCAAGUGCCCCAGAGCUCCAACCACCACCCCCACCCCCACCCCCACCCCCACCCCUACCCCCACCCCCAAGUGCCCCAUUCCCUCCUCCACUUUAUAACAUUUCCCCACCAGCCCCUGCAUACAACCUGUUUCCUUCUGCACCUAUGAUGAACACAGACUUUCUGUCUCAGUCUGAUGAGGCUCCUCCAGCGUAUUCAAUCCUUUUCCCAAACUCUGAAACCCAGCAAUCAGAUGCAAAGUAAGAGAAUGUAUGCUAAAUGACUAUAUUAGCUGUUAUUAUUAAGUUGAAUAAGUUUGUCAGGGCUAAUAAAAAAAGGGCAUUAGCUUUGGUGCCAUCAAACCAAAA